CCGGAAGUCAUUCUUGACGUUUCCUCUGUUAGCUUGCGUUUGCCUCGUUGCUAACACAGUUUCCCUCCGAUGGCAAACAGAACCGUUAAAGAUGCAAACAGCAUCCACGGAACCAACCCGCAAUACCUGGUGGAGAAAAUCAUCCGGACCCGAAUCUAUGAGUCCAAAUACUGGAAGGAGGAAUGUUUCGGUCUGACCGCGGAGCUGGUGGUGGACAAAGCCAUGGAGCUGAAGUUUGUGGGAGGAGUUUAUGGCGGGAACAUCAAGCCGACUCCGUUCCUCUGCCUCACGCUGAAGAUGCUCCAGAUCCAGCCGGAGAAAGACAUCAUCGUGGAGUUCAUCAAAAACGAGGAUUUUAAGUACGUCCGUCUGCUGGGAGCCAUGUACAUGAGGCUGACUGGUACCGCCGUGGACUGCUACAAGUACCUGGAGCCGCUCUACAACGACUACAGGAAGAUCAAGAGUCAGAACCGGAACGGAGAGUUUGAGCGGAUGCAUGUUGAUGAGUUCAUCGAUGAGCUGCUUCACGCAGAGAGAGUGUGUGACAUCAUCCUGCCGCGGCUUCAGAAGAGGCAGGUUCUGGAGGAAGCCGAGAUGCUGGACCCGCGGGUCAGCGCUCUGGAGGAAGACCUGGACGAGGUGGAGAGCAGCGAGGAAGAGGACGAGGAAGAGGAGAAGUUCGAGAGGCUGCCGAGCCCGGAGCCCCACAGACGCGGUCACCGUGACAACGACCGGCCUCGGCGCUCGCCGUCGCCUCGCCACAGACGCAGCCGCUCUCCUCGCCGGCGGAGCCGAUCGCCCAAGAGACGAAGCCCGUCGCCUCGCAGAGAGAGAGAGCGCCACCGCAGCAAGAGCCCGCGGCGCCACCGCAGCCGCUCCAGGGACAGGCGGCACCGCUCCAAAUCGCCCGGUCACCACAGAAGCCACAGACAUCGGAGCCACUCCAAAACCCCGGAGCGAAGCUCCAAAAAGAGCCACAAGAAGAGCCGGAGAGGAAACGACUGACCUCGGUCCCUCUGAACGCUGUCACUUCAUCCUCCACCAAACUCUUCCUUUCAAUCUUCUACUUGACUUUUUUAUUUUUAUUCUUAUUCCAGCUGUUUCAGGUUCUGAUCAUCUGGACCUCUGAUGGUUCUGGAAACAAAACCAUAUUCUCCAGAUGCUUUAGGCGCCUCAGAUAAAACUGUAAAUAGUGAAAUGUUGUUGUUUUUUUUCAGUUUCUGAACAAUGAAAACAUCCCAGAAAUAAAAACCUUGUUAUAAGAUGA